GAGAGUCUCGGGUCUGGCUUUAAAUCGUCCAGGUGUAAACAUGCCGGAGGUUCCGGUCCAAAGUUUGGAUCUGACGUCUCGGAAGAGAGGCCUUGAUCUCGGAUAUUCAGCCGGAAGUUUACCGGAGAGGAAGAGGGCGUGUUGGGGCAUUCUGACAAGCCAAGGGUCGUGGGCUGAUCGCUCUCCACUCCAUGAAGCAGCUUCUCAGGGUCGAUUACUGGCCCUCAACACCCUGUUGGUCCAGGGCUACCAGGCCAAUAUUCUCACCAUUGACCAUGUGACCCCUCUCCACGAAGCCUGCCUGUCGGACCGUGUGGCGUGCGUCCGUGCGCUGCUACGAGCUGGAGCUAACGUUAACUCUGCGACCAUCGAUGGUGUGACUCCGCUGUACAACUGCAGUUCCUCCGGUAGUGUGGGCUGCAUGGAGCUGCUGCUGCAGAACGGAGCGCGCACACACACAACACACGCACACCUUCCCUCCGCCCUGCACGAGGCCUGCAAAAGAGGUCAUUCUCAGUGUGUUGAGUUACUUCUGGCUUAUGGAGCAGAUCCAGACUACAAUGCGUCUCACCUGGGCUCUCCUCUACACGUGGCCUGUCUCUACAACCAGACGGCCUGCUGCAGGAUAUUACUGCACAGAGGGGCCCGUGUGAGUGUGGGCCGGGGCGUGGAGAGUCCCCUCCACACGGCGGCGAGACAGGACAGCGCGGAGCAGGUCUCGCUGCUGCUGGAGUACGGAGCCGACUGCAACCUGCGAGACGAGCGCCACCAGAGGGCUGUGGAUCUAGCGACCCCUGGUGGCAGAACGGAGGAACUGCUGCUGGAAAACCAAGCCAGUCCCAGGAGUCUCCUCCUGCUGUGUCGUAUCUUGAUCAGGAGGGUGGUGGGUCCGUCCAGACUGAAGCUGCUGCCCAGCCUGCCGCUGCCCCCCCUGCUGACGGACUAUCUGCAGGCCGGACCCCCGGGCACACCUGCAGCCCACGUGCUGCUGGGGGCCGCGGGAGACGCCGCGUGUCCGUGAAGCUCCCGCGGGCCAGGGUUUGACCCCACAGCUUCGGGCUGUACCGUGGCAUGCCUCCUUCCACAGAAGCUUCCGGAAAACCUACAGUAACAGAACUCCACUUGCUCAGGUCCAGGUCGACGUUCUCGCCAUCGGUCUGCUCCUGCUGGUCGCCGUGGCGUGGGGACAGAGGCGAGCGUGACCCGCUGAACGUCUCCAUGCACCCUGCAUACUCUCCCCGUUCCUCUGCUGAAAAAGAUCUCGGAAGUGGUCGUCGGGCAGAUGUCAGGAAGUACAGUUUGAAUUACACAAGUGCACAUGACUGGAAUCGAACAGAGGCUUCAUUGUAU